UACAGAGUUCCAGCAGUGGUCACACCAGUGCCAAAUACAGAGGUAAACUAACCUCUCUGCUCCUGCAUGAGAUUCCCUGGUUUAUGAAUCCCAGGAUCAGUUUAGCUCUUUGGGCUAUACUAUGACCUUGGGAACACCUGUGUUCAGCUGAUUAUCCACCAUGACCCUCAAUUCUUUUUCUGUCACUGCUUUUCAGGAUCGAGCCCUCCCAUCCUAUGAGUUCUUGUUCUCAGAUAUAUUAAAACACAUAUUGUUUGCUUGUAGUCAGUUUACUAAGUAGCCUGAAUCCAUGAACUGUCCUUUUCAUUUCUUACAACUCCCCCAAAUGUAUGUCAUCAGUUGCCCUUCUUUGUAUGUUUUCCAAUUCUAAUAUGUAUUUUUGAAUUGUGAGAUGGAACCAGAUGCAGUAUUCAAGAUGUGGGUGUAGUAUCAACAUAUCCAGUGUCAUUAUGGGCACAUCUACACUUCCAUGAAAAUUGAGGCUCCAGAGGUUGAUCUUCCGGCAUUGAAUUUAGUGGGUCUGCCCUGAAAAUCAAUGCGAGAGCACCCCUUCAGGAUGCUGGAUUCCCGUGGGGAGCUGGAGCCCAUCCCUCAGCCAAAGUCAGCGUCUCAGGACCCUGACAGGAGUUGUCAGAGAGUGGCAGCCAUCACCGUAUCCAGGAAGCAGAGCUGGGUCAGAUUCUCAUGUGGCAUCCGGGAGACACCACGUAAUUCCUGCAGCCGGAAGGUGCCUUCCAGUGCCAUGGCCUCUGCAGAGCUGCAGGAUGAGGGUGAAGGGGAAGGGCCAGUUGUCUGUGCGCAAGAGACUGAUGGCAACCCCCAGUGCCCUCAGAAGCUGUUCUCCCCCACCCACACGGGGCCAGCUAUUGAGGAUGAGACAUGUGUUGUGGAGAGCCCCUCAGCCCCAGUGCUUCCUAGCCUUUGGUCUGGCCUGGCCCUGGCGACCCCAUCUCCUCAGCCCAGCCAGACUCCUGGUGACGAGGAGGCUGAGUCGAUGUGCAGCUAUGUGGAGCUCUGUACCUCUGGCAGUGCUGUGAGGUGUUCCAGUCAUGGUGCCUACCUGCAGAGCCUGGACAAGAGCAGCCGUCACUGGGUCCUGUCUUCGGGCAAGGCCCAGGGCUCGGAGGAGCUGGCUCCCAGUGCCAGCACAGAGCUGAAGGAGGCGGGCAGCGAAGGGGAGAUCUGGUACAACCCCAUCCCUGAAGAUGAGGAUGUUGUGGGCAUCAGGCAUGGUGCAGAGCCUGGCAGCUCCUGGAGGAAGCAAGGCAGUGGCUCAGGGAGCCAGGAAUCUGACAGGGACAGGGCCAGGCCUGGCGGGGCAGAGCCAGGUGGUGAAGGGUCCCCCAGGAGUGUCGCUGGGCAAGUGGAGCACCUCAGCUUGCAGAAUUCACCUACCCCAGCAGGGCCAGUGAGCCAAGGCAAAGACCAGGGUGCCAGCAGGACACAGGCCUGUGGGAAAUUGCCGAUUUCAUGUGUGAGUGUGGCUGUGGGGUUGGCUGGCUCAUCCCCCCUGCUGAGCCCUAACAUCUCCAAGAAGGGGCGCUCCCUGGGCAGAGUGAAGUCCCCGGGCACUGUGCGCCGCCUUUCCCUGAAGAUGAAGAAACUGCCCGAGCUGAGGAGGAAGCUAAGCCUGCGUAGUGGCCGGCCCCGGGGGCAGGAGCCGGAGGGCAGUGGCAGCCCCUCACCCCAGGAUGCCCACAAGGAGUCAUGUAAUGUCAUCAGCCGCUACCACCUGGACAGCAGCGUGGCAUCCCAGCAGGGCCCACUCCGUGCCAAGGCAGCCAACAAGGAUGGCUAUCUGAGUGAUGGCGACUCCCCUGAGCUUCUGGUCAAGGCGGAGAAGCAUGGCUGUCCUGGGCCAGAGAGGCAUGAGCCUGGGGUCAGACUGGACAUGGGGGCCUUUCAGCCCUAUAGCUCCUUGGCACAGCCACGCUUUGCGCAGCCUAUUUCGGGUCUAGUUAGUGUCCACUUGUACGGUGCAGGGGAGCUUAAGCUUCCAAAGGCUGAAUCCAGGGAGGUGUUCUGCGUUCUGCAGGUAGACACAGUCCCCAAGGCACGCACGGCCCUGCUGCCCUGGACUGCUGCCUUCCUCAGCCUCAACCACACCUUCAACUUGGAACUGGAUGGUGCCCGACAGCUCAAGGUCAUUGUCUUCUCCUGGGACCCAACUUCCUGCCGGAACCGUGUGUGCUGCCACGGCACCAUUGUCUUGCCCCAUGUCUUCCAAGGGUGCCGGGCCCAGCAGCUGGCAGUGCGGCUGGAGCCACGCGGGCUGCUCUACUGCAAGUUGACUUUGGUGGAGCAGUGGGACGUACCCAGCAGCCCUAGUGAGCGGGAGCCCCGAGUCUUUGGCAUGGAUCUGCGUCACUUGGUGGAAAGAGAGAACACUGCCAUCAAGGUGCCGCUGCUGAUACAGAAAUGCGUCUCCCAGAUUGAGAAGCGGGGACUAAAGAUUGUAGGGCUUUACCGGCUGUGUGGCUCGGCGGCUGUGAAGAAGGAGCUGCGUGAUGCCUUUGAGCGGGACAGUGCAGCCGUGAUGCUCUCUGAACAGCUGUAUCCAGACAUCAAUGUCAUCACAGGAAUCCUGAAGGACUAUUUGCGGGAGCUGCCCACACCUCUCAUCACCAAAACCCUGUACCAGGUGGUGUUAGAGGCCAUGGGCCAGCGCCCGGCUCAAGACAUACUCAGCAGGCAGGAUGCAGAGGAGACGGUCGCUCUGCUGGACUGCCUGCCGGACAUCGAGAAGGCUACGCUGACUGUGCUGCUGGACCAUCUCAGCUUGGUAGCCUCUUUUCAUGACUUUAACCGCAUGAACUCCCAGAACAUUGCUGUGUGCUUCGGGCCAGUGCUGCUCAACCAGAAUCAGGAGCCAGGGCACCAGGGAUCCUGCGGCUAUGCCCGAUGUGAGGAGAUUGCCAGCGCUGUUGACUUCAAGAGACACAUCGAGGUGCUGCACUACCUGCUGCAGGCCUGGCCCGUGCCCUACAGGAAGGAGCGUGGCAUGGAGGGCCAGGAAGGGGCCCAGCUCACCUGCUUGCGGCAGCGGCGCCACCCUGCGCUGCGUCUGGAUCUGCCGGAAAGCGAGGUGGUGGCUCGCCACCGGCCCCGAGGCCUGGAGAGCCCCCCCAGCGUGUGCAGUCAGGAAUAUGGGCUGGUAGCAGGACCAGGCCCUGAGGCCGAUUACGCUGAGGUGGCUGGCAGCGACAGUGAGAAUGAGAUGUUGGACCUGCGGGGACUGAGUAGCCAUAGCCAGACAGUCUUUGUGCGGGAUUUUGCCCUGGUUGAUGACCCUGAGGUGCCCUUCAGUCCCUGUCUGAAUCUCAAAGACUUCGAUGCUCUCAUCCUGGACCUGGAGCGUGAGCUCUCAAAGCAGAUCAAUGUGUGCCUGUGAGUGACCUGUUUGCUCCCCGCCAGGCUCCAGUGCCACCAUGACACAAGCCAUGUGGUGGGAACUGGCGCAGCCUGGGCUGUUCACCCAAGUAGGGGGGGUGCUGGGCAAUAGAUGGUGAGGAUUCUGCUAAAUGAUUUUAGGGUCCACAUUCAGGAACCAGGCCCAGCCCUGUAGUGGGCAGUGACUCCCGCUGUGAGCCUUAAUCCAGCAACAUGCACAGGAGCAGGUGCCCUGAGCAGCAGGUACAGUGCGCAAGAGCUAUUCUCUGGUGGGUGCCAGCACAUGCUGCCCUCUGGGCUUAGAGCUCCAGAGAGACCCACAGUGCAUGCCUGGGCAAGGCCGCCAAGCUCCUAUUAGUAGGAACCCAGAAAUUAAGCCAAAGCCAUUUUGAGAAUGACCAAAUGUGUACAGCACUUGGCUCUUGCAGCCUUUUAAUAUGCAGAGCAUGGAUGGGUGGUUGGAGAUCCCGGGUGUGCUCCACCAGGGCAGUGCGUGGCAGCCCACUGAGGUUGGGGCUGUAUGGCUGUACUCAGGAUCACUCACUGCUGCAAUGUUUGUCACUCUCAGUCCGCUGUGUUCCUGCUUGGCUACAAGGCAGCAGCCUGGCCCUGCAUGUGUGCACAGCAUCUUUGCCUGUCUACAGGGCGGCAUCAGAAUCAGUGCCCGGCAUGAGUGACUGAGAGGAGCUUGGAUCAUGGCACUUCCUCAGCCUGGCCCUUCUCUCUGGGCAAUACCGUGUGCAGGGAGGGCACAGGACAGGGAGUGGCUCAUUAGGCCUUCUCCUUGACUGCAUUUUAGAAGCCAAAGAAUCUUUGAGCCUGUCCCCUGGCUGGGCUGGAGCAGAGGCUCAUGCAUGCUGCUCAUGUGACCCUGGCAGGGAGCUUCCCAGGCUGUAGCAGCCACGCCAAUAUGGUGCUUCAUGCAGGCAGGUCAGGAGGACCACAUACAUGUCCUUCCUGGGCCAUGUAUUCUAGGCAGGAGGGAGCCUGCCGGUAACAGCAUUUGCAGCCCCCAAGAAUGGGAGUUUUGAUGCUCCUUCCAGCCCCCUAACUGGAGCCUUCCUGGCAGGUGGGAGUUUGACUUUGUUCUCAGGAAGAUGGGCAUCAGGGCUGCCCUGGGGCGCUGGCUGCAGCAAGCUCAGUCUGGGCUGCUGUGGGACUGGCCUCACCCUCUGUUUUGCUACCAAGUGCCAACCUGUGCGGCUUGGGGGAAGGGGGGGCAGCUGAGAGCCAGGGCCAAGGCCUGUUCCUGCCCUCUCAGGCAGGGCAUCCCCCAUGCACAGUGUUAGAGUAUCGACAAGGGUCCCUGACCUCCAUCACACAUGCGCUGCUCCAGGACUGCUUCACAGAAGCCAGGAUCCACUGUACCCUGUCAUGGGCUGUCCUGGUGGAGGCACCUUGCUCUCAACUUGCCAUAGCAUUAGUCUUGGUGCCAGGUUUGCACUGUCAAUAUUCAAAGCUCUUUACAGUGCUCCCUACCCCACUCCCUGCCUGGCUUCUGCUGCCUCUGAUCCUGCCCAGCUGGAGCUCUUGGGGAUGAUGGCUGCAGCCCCAGGAUCCAAUGAUCAGCAUGAAGCAAAAGGGGCCUGGAGUUCGUUGUGGCUCUCUCAUGGGUGUCUCUGCCUCACCCUGGAGCCAGCUGGCAUGGAGCCAAGCCUCUAGCUCUUUCCAGCCUGGGCUUUUCCUGAGCUUGUUGGGCAGGUCAGGCCUACUAGGGUGGUUUCCCAUACACUGUGGACCAAGCUGCAGCAACAAACACCACGCUGGAUAUGAUCUGGAGGCCCCAGUUCACUGGCUGCCAUUUCUCCCCUCAGCAUCACCAGGCACAGUGCAGCCUUUUUGGGCAGCAGCAGCAGACAGGCUCCAAGCUGGGGCCCUGCUGGGUAGGUGCUGAAGGCUGGUGGGGCACAGGAGGUGAAUUCUGGAUGUGCCUUUCCCAUAUGGAGCCCAUGAAAGUGUAACACAUGGGCAGACCGGCCCCCAAGCUGAGCUCACGGCAUCAAUUGCUCGCUCAUACCCAGGCCAGCUCUGGCAUUUGCCUGGGUACUGCUGGGAAGCUGGUCCAACUACGAGAGGUACCCAUACAGAGCUGCAGGGGGUGUGUGCUUACUGCAGGGCUUCAUGAAAAUGCAGCCAACGCCCCAGCGCAGCUGCCCUCUAGGGAGCCCGGUACUGGAGAGGCUAGCCUUAUUUAUAGCUCAUUUGUGUGUGUGUAUGUGUUUGAAUAUGUGCAUUUGUGUACAGAAAGGUGGUUUGUGUGCAGUAUAUUUUUGGGGGCAAUGUUCCCUGUAAGCUGUGUACUUGUGCAGCUGCUCAGGAGACAUUCAGAUGCUGCCCAACUGAUUAACAGAAUGUCCACAGCUCAGCUUUUAAAGUGUUUACUGGUGGUGCACAUUCACACAUGCCUUGGUGCAUGUAAAAUUAUUCUGCACACAAAAGGAAAAAUUCUGCACAUGGAUGGAAAAGAUCAGAGAGAACAUUGGUUUGAGUGUACAUUUGUUGUGUGUCUCCUCUGCAUGUUCUUGAAGAGUGGCUGUUCCAUGCAGAUGUUUAAUGUAUGGGAUGUUUCCCUCCAUUGCUGGAUUUUCACCAUGUUUAUACAAUUAUAUGAAAAAUGCCAUUUGCCCCUGUCCUCACUCAAAGCACAAGGCCCACCAGUUGCUUUCUGCGCUGCUCUGUCAGGGAGGAAAAGUGCCCCAGUAUUAGGUUAUAGGAAUCCCAUGAAUGUCAAGGGAGGCAGUGGUACCUCUUGCCAUAGAUGGGCCUAGGCCUGAAUAAGGGGUGCAGAGUGGAAUACCACAUUAUAGAAGCAGUUGUUCUCGGGGCAGCCUGUCUAGGGGAGAUGCUGCAAAGUCCAUCCCUUCCCCCCUUUGCCUGACAUCACCCCCAGCCAUGGGGAGUUGGGGGGUAGCUGCUUGUUGUGUGUUAAAGAAAUGCCCAUGUCAUGCUGGAAAUGAGCCUGGUGCCCCUCUUUGUUCACCAGGAUGGCCUUGCCAACUGCCAACAUCAGCAAUAAAGGAUACUAUCUACAUUUGCCAUUGGGCCAUGUGCAGUGCACCUGGAGCGG